AUGGACCCUUUUGUUAAUAUUACUACAGUUAUUGAUGCAGUUUAUUUAAAUUGUAAUUAGUUCAAGACAACAACAUCCACGUUUUUGAGAGUAAUGGAAAAUGAUACUCUUCUUUAUUUCUCCAUGUUUGAAAACAUGGGCCACUUUCGAUACCUUUACUUCAUUUUAGGAUCUCUCCUAUAUUGUACUAUUUUGUUCUUCAAUGUCAUUAUAAUUCUUGUAAUAUUUAUGGUAUCUUCUUUGCACCAGCCUAUGUAUAUUUUGAUAGCAUGUUUAUCAAUUAAUUCUCUUUAUGGCACUGCUGGCUUCUUUCCAAGAUUACUAACUGAUUUGUUAUUAUAUUCUCAUUCAAUCACUCGUUCUGGAUGUCAUGUACAAACGUUUGUCAUUUAUACCUAUGCAUCAUAUGAAUUUACAAUUUUAACAUUAAUGGCAUAUGACAGAUUUGUUGCUAUAAGUAAGCCAUUGCAAUACCACAGCAUUAUGACACCUAAGAUGCUUAUUGUUAUGGUAGCUAUUUCUGGGAUUUAUCCAAUGCUUUCUAUUGGUCUUGGGAUAAUUUUCACUGCUAGAUUAAGAUUGUGUGGUAAUAACUUAAGAAAAUUGUAUUGCAACAAUUGGAUCAUUGCAAAGCUCUCUUGUGAAAAUGCUACUUUUGAAAACAUUUAUGGCUUUGUUGUGCUAGUAACUACAGUUUUAAUCCCAUUUAGUUUCAUUUUGUAUUCUUAUAUUAAAAUUCUUAUGAUUUGUCAGAAAUCUUCAAAAGAGUUCAAGAGCAAAGCUUAUCACACUUGCCUUCCUCAUCUAGUGACUUUUGUUAACUACUCAAUUACCAUCUUCUGUGAAAUGACCUUUACCCGUUUUGAAAAUUUACCUCCAGUAAUAGCUAUCAUUCUGUCAUUAGAGUUUCUGAUUAUACCUCCUCUCCUAAAUCCUGUUGUUUAUGGCCUUAAUUUUCCUGAAAUUCGCAGAAAAAUUCAACAUCAUCUAAAAGUAUCAAAAAAAUGUGCUGCUCCUCAACGUGCAGGCUGAACCUUUUGCCAUGCUAUCAUGUAGAGAGUAGCUACCAUGGUUUACUAAUAUUAGGAAAUAUUUUCAUUCUUAAAUAAAUAUACUGUCAUAGGUACAAAGUGAAUAUGUCGCAUUCCCGAUUCUGACCUAUAAUUAAUACAUAUACUGUGCUGUGAUAUUAAAAUGUCUUUAUUCAUUCAGAAACAAUGUGCAUGAUAAAUUUGCUCAUAGUACAAAACGAUAAAAUACUUUAUGUUUAAUAUCUUUCACUGUUGUUAAUGCCAACAUUCUAUUAACAGUUUCCCAGUCUUUCCCAUACUUUAUUACCAAGCAUUAAAUGUUUUUAUUUUAUGCUUUACAACAGCUAAAUUAUAAAUAUAUGAAAAUAAAUGGA